AUGUCUGACUGUCCCAUUGACCCUGAUCAAUUCACCCGAGAGGGUUCGAUCACAAAAACCUACUACCGAGAUGUGUAUUCCGCCAUUGAGCCAUCCAAGCCGGAAUUUUCCCAAGCGGACAAAGUGACAAUUAUCACAGGCGCAGGAAAUGGAAUUGGCAGAGCAAUCGCACGAAGCCACGCCCAAUCAGGCGUGAAGGGACUAGUUCUCAUCACCUUAACCAAAUCCUCCUCAGAGGAAACCAAGAAGAUCAUCCAAGCAGAGUUCGCUUCAAUCGAGAUCCUCGCACUCUCCACCGAUAUCGCAGAUGAGAAGGCCGUAGCUCGCAGCUUCGAUGCCAUCAAAGAAAAGUUCGGAACAGCCCACACUUUAGUUAACAACGCUGGAGUUUUUGCACCUGGCGCUGCUAUUGCAGAAUCCGACUCAGCCGUUUGGUGGAGCGAUUUUGAGACCAACGUACGGGGUACAUGCCAUGUCACCGCGGCCUUCUUGCGCUUGGCCGCCCAAUCACCAGAGGUUAAGCGCACGGUGGUUAAUAUGAUUAGUUCAAUUGCGUUGACGCCCCCGACGCUGAGCAGUUACUUCAUUAGCAAGCUGAGUGUGGCUAAGUUUACUGAAUUUGUCGCUGCUGAAAACCCUCACGUCUCGGCCUAUAGUCUGUCGCCGGGUAUUGUCUUGACGAGCAUGACGCUGGAUUCAUUCAAACCAUUUGCCAAAGAUACUGCGGAAUUGACUGGAGCAGUGACGGUAUAUCUGGCGGCUAAGCGGCCUGGGUAUUUGAAUGGCCGCCACCUAUCCGCCAAUUGGGAUAUGGAAGAGUUGGAAACUCGCCAAUCUGAUUUUGCUUCCUCGGAUAAGUUGAAGGUCGGACAAUUUGUUUGA